GGACAGUUAAACAGUCACGAUUUGCAUCCUUCUAACAAGUCCCAUUUCAAAUUCCAUACCUAACCGAGUCUACAUCUUCCGUAUUCUACAGCUUCGCAAUGAUCGUCCUUUCGACAUCACGCAACAUUUACUUUGCCUCUUUGUAAAGGUCCGGGUGCGCGGCCUUGAUGAAAUCAGCAGCCUUCUCACCGACCAUGUACACAACGUUCUGGAUACGGCAAUCGGGGAUAAGAGGGAAGACUGAGGCGUCAGCAACACGGAGGUUCUUGACGCCGUGGACCGAGAGCUCGGGGCUGACGACACCGUGGUCGAUGUCCUUGCUGAUACGAGCAGUUCCGCAGGGAUGGAAACCGGUCUGCGACCUUUCCAGGAUCUGUCGGAUCAUGCCCUCGUCUGAAUUUCGGGGCAUCGGCCAGGGGUAGUCGCCCUCAACAAUGUCCUUCAUGCCCUCGCCGUUUAUGAGAAUAUCGUCAACAAAGCGGACACCUUCCCGAAGGGCGAUGAGGUCAAGGUCGUGCGAGAAGAAGUUGAGGUUGAUGUAAGGCUGCUCGAAGGGGUCGGUCGAGUGGGCGGAGUGGGGAAGUGCCAUUGGAAGGCAUCGGCGAACAUCGGCUGUCACGUUGGGGUCAGCUUUCGUUCCGCGAAUCGCUGUGUAUACGCAAAGGCAGGCUUACGACAAAGUCGAUCUCAAAGUGCGGCUGGCCGUCGGGACCGAAAGGGUCCUUGCCACCGUUCUGCGCCUUAUAAUCGCGAUACUGCUUGUGGUUCUCCAGACGAUUGUCAAUACGAGGGAAGGCGACGAGCUCCAGUAGACCCGAACUGAGGGGUCCAUUGUGAUUCUUCCUGUAGGACGAAAUGGCACCAUCGUGCUCCGCACCCGCGCGAAGGAGGUGAUUAUCGAGGCCAAAACCGUCCUUAAUCUUGAAGACAUGGGACAGGAUAGGGUGGUCCUGAAGGUUCUGGCCGACAUGCUUUGAGUCAACAACGCAUUGGAUGCUGAGAGCCUCGAGGUCGGACUUGAUACCGAUACCGGACAGCAUGAGGAUCUUGGCGGAUUCGUAAACACCCUGAGCAACGAUAACCUCACGGUUGGCGUAGAAAUCGUACUCGCGGUCGUCGGGCCCAAUAACGGUGACACCGACGGCAGUCUUGCCCUCAAAAAUAAUCUUCUUGGAGAUGGUCGAAGAGGCCAAGGUGAUGUUGGGCUUGCCCUCAAGGAACGCAGCCGCAGUAGAUCGGACACCCUUGUAGAUCGAGUUGACACACUUGAAGAGACCCUUCUGGACACCAUUGUAGACGUCCACGGUCAACUCAUGACCCUUGCUCACCCACGCUCUUUCGAGGGCAUCACGCCAAGGCUUCAGCUCGGGGACCAAAUCAGAGUGAGAAAUGUCGACGGGACCACCCUUGUUGCCGAUGCUUUUAAUGUCGUCAGGGAAGAGACCAAGGUCGUCGUGGUAAGUGGUCGACUUGUUGAAGUAUUCCUUGGUGUUUUCCCAGUUCCAAGUGGAACCACCAAACUCCUCCCAGUCGUUGAAGGUUGCGGCCGAACCUCGAACCCAGGUAUAAUAGUUGAGCGCAGUACUGCCGCCCAACACCUUUCCACGGGUGUUAGGCUUCUCGAUACGAGUAUAGUCUGGUCGGUCUAUCAUGGUCGUCUUGUACUUCCAGUCGUACUGAGAGUUUCGCAGACCCAUGGCCUUCGCCGGGGUGGUGAUGUCGGUGAUCUCGGAAGGGUUGCUGGUUACUAAGUACAGACACGUUUGGGUUCUCGGCAAGACGGCCGGCAACGGUACAACCACCGGCACCACCUCCAAGAACGAUGAAAUCAAAGUUUUUGGGAGCAUCUUUGGGAUGAGUAGCAGCGUGAACCAUAUUGCUGAUGAAUAAUAGUGUAUAAGUGCAAAGACUGUGGGGGGAAUGGGAAAUCCAUCGACCUGGCAUCCCAGCUUUAAUACGACCAUCUUCUAGUUCACUUGACGUCAGCAGGCAGAACUUGGGACGAAAAGCGUUCUAAAAACGUCCUUGCAUACUCUAUCUCGACCUUCGCAAUCUUCGCUCGGAUGCGCCAUGCCCAUUGGGCUAACGGAGCAACAGAUAACCCAGAAAUGUGCACCGCUCGUGUCGAAAAUAACUCGCGAAGGGACAACCCACGCGUCUCGUGCAAGAUUACGAUAUCUCUCGCUCGAAACUUGGAAGCCCGGGCGGGUAAGGGGUCUGGAGCGGAUCAGUUCAGUUUUGUGGCUGAGUACACCCUCGUCUUAGCGUACGUCCGUUCAUGUAAAAGAAGAUCCUGUGAUAUUCCCUCGAGCCAAUGCAGAUCCAUCGACCGGCCAUCCCAGUUGUAAUACACCCAUCUCCUAGUUCACUUGACAUUACGGGGUGGAACUUGGGAAGAGAAGCGUUCCCACAAACGUUCUUACAUACUCUCGCUGAAACGCAGCAUGUCCGUGCUGUAAGGGGUCUGGAGCGGUUCAACUCAGUUUUGUGGCGGAAACACCCUCGUCUUAUUUCUCGCUCAUUGACGAAAAAAAGGUCUUGUGAUAUUCCUUCGGCCAAUGCAGAUCCACCGGCAAGGCAUCCCAGUUCUAAUACGGUCAUCUCCUAGCUCUCUUGACAUCACGAAGUGCAGCUUGGGACAAGAAGCGAUCUACAAACGAUUUUCCAUACUCUCGCUCGAUCUUCCCUUAAAUGCAGCAUAUCCACCGGGCUAGGAGAGCAAAGAUAUAGCCCAGAAAUCUGCACUGCUCGUGUCGAAAAUAACUCGCGUGGGGACGACUCUCGCGUCUCGUGCGAGAUUGCGAUAUCUCUCGCUCGAAAGUUGGUAAGCCCGGGCGAUAAGAGGUCUGGAGCGGGUUCAAUUCAGUUUUGUGGCUGAGCACACGCUCGCCUUAGCGUACGUCCGUUCACGUAAAAAAAGGUCCUGUGAUAUUUCUUCGAGCCAAUAUGAUGCGAUAAGGGGUGUGGAGCGGUUCAAUGCAAUUUUGCAGCUGAUAAUCACUCUCGUCUUAACAACGCAAGCCCAUUGACGUCAAGGAAGGGCCUAAGAUAUUUCUUCGAGCCAAUGAUAAUGCCCCUUUAUCAAGACAGCGGUGCGAGAUGGGAUGGAAACGGUCUAUAUUAAACCUGGGUACAUAUUCUCCUUUCAGAACUUUAUUGAAUCACACAUUUGGCGAUUUGACGAAAUCAGCAAUCAAUCAUGACUGAGAAAACACCGACGUACACCCUGUCCGAAGGAUGCCCUAUCGCGGAUGCUACGACCGCCCAGCGUCUGGGCAGUUGCCCCGUUAAGGGCCUGAUGUUGAUGCAGGACACCCAGCUCAUCGAGACUCUGGCCCACUUCAGUAGGGAGCGCAUUCCCGAGCGUACCGUGCAUGCUUCUGCCGUUGGUGCAUGGGGCGAAUUUGAAGUAACUCACGACAAUUCCGACAUCACUUCGGCUGCUUUCCUCAAUGGGAUUGGCAAAAAGUCCAAGGUUCUUAUGCGUAUCUCCACUGUGGGACCGGAGGCUGGCACAGCCGAGACUGUUCGGGAUGUGAGGGGCUGGUCGAUGAAGAUCUUCACUGAAGAGGGCAACCAAGACUUUGUCUUCAACAGCAUUCCGGUGUUCUUCAUCCGAGACCCAAUCAAAUUCCCCUCUGUUAACCGAUCUCACAAGCGUCAUCCCGCAAAGCAUACCGCCGACUCUUCUAUGUUCUGGGACUUUCACAACAACAACCCCGAGGGAACUCAUGCCAUCAUGAUGUAUUUUAGCAAUCGAGGGCUGCCGUAUUCACUAAGGCAAAUCAACUCCUACAGUGGUCACACUUACAAGCUCACCAAAUCGGACGGCUCUUUUGUUUAUGUCAAACUCCACUUCAAAUCCAAUCAAGGUGUCAAGGGCAUGACGCAGGCCGAAGGCGUACGCACUGCCGGCGAAGCACCCGAUUUCCACACGACCGAUAUGUGGGAUGCUAUCGAGCGGGGCGACUACCCUACUUGGACGUUGUAUGCUCAAGUCAUGAAGCCCGAAGAGGCUGAAAACUACCGCUGGAAUAUCUUCGAUAUGACCAAGGUUUGGCCCCACAAAGACUUCCCCCUCAGACCACUUGGUAAAUUGACCCUAAACCGUAACCCCGAAAACUACUUCUCAGACAUUGAGCAGGCUGCCUUUUCGCCAUCGACAAUGGUGCCGGGCGUUGCGCCCUCCGGAGAUCCAAUGCUGCAAGCUAGGAUGUUUGCCUACCCCGAUGCCGCUCGAUACCGCCUCGGUGUCAACUACCAGCAACUUCCGUGCAAUCGGCCCGUCAGUGAGGUUUAUGCGCCCUACCAGCGUGACGGUGCGAUGCGCUACAUGACCAAUUACGGAGGUGAUCCCAAUUAUGUGCGAUCUUCUCUCAAGGAAGUCAACUUCAAGGGUCAAUUGGGCGCAAAAGGCCAUUCCACUGGGGGCAACGAGAAACACAAUGAAUGGGUCGGUCGAGUUGCGGCGUACACAUCCGAGGUAACGGAUGAGGAUUACGUCCAAGCUCGCAUGUUCUGGGAGGUUCUUGGCAAAGCUGGCGACCAAGAGGACUUGAUCACCAAUGUCUCGUGUCAUCUAAGCAAGGCUAUCCCGUCGGUGCAGAAAGGAGCUGUCGAAAUCUUCGCCAAGGUGAAUGUUGAUUUGGCCAAGUCCAUCGAAGACCGUUUGGCUGAGCUCAACAAAGGAAAGUAAAGGGAAAAACAUUUGACAAGGUAAAAGCCAUGUGAGAAGCCUGACAAUGAUACAUAUU